UGAGUAUCCCCGUCGCACAGCUCCUACUACUCAUAGUCUACCUUGUCCCGAAUCAGUAUGAACAACAUAGACGACCUCGAGAAGGUUGACCUGGUUGCGCCCCUGGACGACAAGUACUAUAAUCUGAACGAGAACGAGAAAGCCUUUUACAAGUCUCUGACCGGGAUCGAUGACGAUGAAUCGCUCAAGCGACACAUCGUUUCCGUGCAAACGGAGGCGUACAAGGUCUUUCCGUACCCCUGUAUCCGCUGGUUCACUUUCGCAAGGCUUCAAAUCUCCCGGCAGCCUGUUUACGACCAGUUCAUCAAAUUAGGGAAGGAGCGUCCCGGGGCGAUCUUCCUUGAGAUGGCAUGUUGCUUCGGCGCCGAUGUCAGGAAAGCGGUCGCAGACGGCUAUCCUGUGGAGAACUGCGUGGCUACCGACCUCCAGCCUGAAUUCUGGGAGCUCGGCCACAAGCUCUUCAAAGACUCGCUGACGGAGUUCCCCGUUCCGUUCCUCGCUGGCGAUGCCUUCGACCAGUCAUUCCUCACUCCCUCUCCCAUUCAGGCGGUCGUCUCGUCGUCGCCGACAACGCCCCCCACCCUGUCGGAUCUGAAGAGCCUCACCCCCCUGGCAGGGCACGUAUCAGCGAUCCACGCCACGAACUUCUUCCAUCUCUUCGACGAAGGAAAGCAGCUCACCCUCGCACGCGCGCUCGCGGGGUUGUUGGACCCCCGCCCGGGCUCCGUCAUCUUCGGGUGGCACAUGGGAAGACCCGAGAAAGGCGACCUGACUUGGCCUGCCCCUCCCGGUUCCGGCAAGGACGGGUGGUCGUUGUUCUGCCAUUGCGCCGAGUCGUGGCGCGAGAUGUGGGAGCACGAGGUGUUUAAGGGUAUACCCGUGAAGGUUGACGCGAGAGAGGAGGUGCAACCGACGCCCCCGGACAUGAAGCUGGAGGGCGCGAUAAGACUUGUGUGGUCGGUGACGAGGGUAUGAAGCGGGAUCCCUCCAAUGCAGGCGGAGUUAACUCCGAAGAUGGCCUUCACUAGUAGUACGUAGCUAGCUUCCGCAUAGCAUUGUGUGUCGAGCAGUUACACCCGGUGAAUAUAUGUAUGGUCAAGCGCUGUUCCUACCGCACACAACUGAGC